AAGCAAAGGGUGCCCCGGGUCCUUGUGUCCCUGCAGCCUGUUUGGUGAAGGAAGGGAUUAAUUGUACACACAGCUCCGGCCAGAUGCUGUCUGCUCGCUGUUACAGGGAAGAAGGAGGAACAGCAGCAGCCACCGCUGUUGCAGGACGAAGGCACGGGCUAUGACAGCCUCACUGCACCUCCACAGGCACAGGCUGUCCCGCAUCACCCCCUGCCUCUUCCUCAGCGAUGGCGUGGCUGCAGGCAACGCUCAGCUCCUGAUUGCCAACCGCAUCACCACCGUUAUCAACGUCUCCCAUGAGCUGGCCAACAUGCUGCACCCCGGCAUUGAGUACUUCCGCGUCCCGGUGGCUGACACCCCCUCUGCCCGCAUCUCCGCCUGUUUCAACUCUGUUGCCGACUUGAUCCGCAAUGUGGGUGAACGCGGGGGCCGCACGCUGCUGCACUGCGCAGCUGGCGUGAGCAGGUCGGCCACCCUCUGCAUAGCCUACCUGAUGAAGCACCACGCCAUGUCACUGGUCAGCGCCCACGACUGGGUCCGGUCGUGCCGGCCCAUCAUCCGACCCAACAACGGCUUCUGGCGGCAGCUCAUCCACUACGAGUAUUUGCUGUUCGGCAUCAACACCGUCCACAUGGUCCAUUCGCCCUUUGGGAUGAUACCUGAUAUUUAUGAAAGGGAAUCGAGGAUGGUGAUGUACUGAGUAUGGCCCAGCUGGGGAAGCAGAAGGAGGAGCUGCAGCAGAGCUCUGAAAUAAACUCUCGUUGUUUGACAGC